AUGCCGGAGCCGGGGCACAAUGAGCCGAUCCGACGAGGCUGCCAUAGCUUUCCCGAAACCUCGUCCCCUCCAUUGAUAGCUUCAAUCCCAGCAACCUCUCUUUUCCUCACCAUGACCGCCGCAGACGAUGACACGUAUAUUGACUACGAGACCUUCCUCUCUCCAACAUUCUCCCCAGCUGCUUUUGCGAACAAUCUGGUCAUUGGUACCAACAACCCAACAGACACACCCCUCGAUCUAUCCACACCUCUCUCUCGAGUCCUCUUUGACUCCCAGGAAAUCAAUACCCACAUCGAUACCCUCACUACAAAAAGUGCUCUUCCUCUUCUCUCUCACACCCAGGAACAGACCGCGGCCAGUGCGCGAAUAGUACAGGAGAUUGAUUCGCAGGUUUCGAGCUUAAAUGAUGGCUACAAACGACUAGAAAAGGAAGUGCUAGUACGCUAUGAGACAGCAGAAGAGGUGCGCGCUGUGGCAAGUAGGUUAUGGGAAACUGUAAGGCUGGGUCGGUCAGUUGGACGAUGUCUACAGUUGGGGAGGCAGCUUGAGAUACAGCUUGCAGAAGUUGUAGGAACAGGCAAUCCAGUCAAAGUCCAAGGGCAGAGGGAAGAUCAUAGGGCGCUGGUGCGAUGUUCGAAUACUCUACUGAGUUUACGAGAGCUUCUUUCAAAGAAAUCAGAGGGAGAAGAAGGCCACGGAUUGGAGAAAGUGGAUGCUGUGCGGACGCUUCAAAGUUCCAUCGUCAAUCCAGCAGAACGAUCGAUCCUUACCAAGUCCCAGCAAAUAGUCAGAGAGUUCUCCAUGAGCACUCUCUCCACAGGUGCGAACACAACCACUUUCGCGCAAACCGCAGAUACGAAAUCGCGAACAACGUCAGCAUUGAUAUCACUAUAUCUUCUCUCCCCACUACCAGACACCACCAAACUCGGUGCGAAGAAGACAGACAAGUGGGAACCAGAACUACUGAUCCACGCCCUACAAGACUACCUCCGUACGGCUCUAACAUCCUCUCUCGCAUCUCUCGCCCGCUCACUCGCCACACUACCUACACUCGACAGAACGCUCCUCGAAGUCUCCGCCCGGUGCCAAAACAUCCUCGCUCUCGAAUCUCUCCUCUCCUUGACAACUCCACCUCCCCACCCCACACUCCCAGCCUCCGCAUCCGCAACAAUCGCGCCUCUCAACUUCCUCCAGCCCUUACUUCAAAGUCUCGAAACAGGCAGUCUAGCGAGUUAUUUCUGGCGGACGUUGGCGGGAGGAUUGAGCACCAAGGCUAUGGAGAUAGUGAACAAAGGGGGCGUGAGCGCAAGGACGUUGAAGAGUAAUAGGAAUAGUGUGAGGGAUGCUAUCCGGGAGUGUGUGGUAAGGGGGAGCACGCCUCCGGCGGGAGUGGCGGGGAGUAAGGUGAAGGGAGAGAAUGUGGAGAGGGCUUGGGAGAGGGAGAUUGCUGUUAUGGUUGGGAGUGUGGUUGGAGCUUUGGGCAGGUGA